GUCGGAGGGUGGGUGUCUCCUGAUAAGGGGGCUUUAAAAGGAGGUAGAGCAGCGGCUGGAGGCAGUGGGAAUACAGACGGAUGAGAAAGAAAAAAGGAAGCAAAAUGAUGCACUUGAGACUCCUGUGCAGUGCUCUCUUCUUUCUGAUGACAGCAGCUAAUCCAGUCGUGCAAGACACACAUACUACAAGCAAGGGGGCGCUGUGGGAAUUCCUCUAUCCCAGAGACAGCAAGGCAGUCGAUGGAUAUGAUGAUGUGGAGCAUAAUUACAAUGCAAAGUGGAUGUGGAAGAGGAUGAUGGGAAACAGUGGCCCAGGGGGCAGUGCGGCAGACGGUGAAGCGGAGCGGCUCCGUGCACGGCUGCUGGGCCAGCUGGCUGAGCUGAGGGAGAGGCUGCCUGCCUACAUGGACCCGCGCUUUCACUCGCGGGCGCUCAUCUGGCAGCUCCAGAGGGGCCUCAGUACCAGCCUUCAGGAGCUCUGCAGCAGCCUCCUUUGGCAAAGGGGCUCUAGGAGCUCACAAGAUCCACCAUCUUUCCAGGAGGCCCUGCAGAGUAUUGACCAGGCUGUAGAGGGUGCCCAGCAACUCAUGGCCUCCCAGCUGGAGGACUUCCAAAUUCAGCUGCCCACCGCCUUGAGACCAGCUCAGCAGAGUGUGAGCACCAUCCUAGGUCAAGAGCUGGAGGCAUUUCGCAUCGGGUUGUGGAGCAGGGCAGCCAUGUUGCGCAAAUCACUGGGCCAGGAACCCGGCUGGGAGAGUCGCAUCUCCCCUAGUGUGGCUCAGUUCUGCCUCAGCACCGAGACCGACAUCAAAGAGUUGAGAGCGCAGCUGGAGCAGCACCUGGAAGGUCUGCAGCAGAACUGGCGCCGAGCGUCAACACUGCAACCUUACACUGGCUCGUCUUCCCUGGGAUCAGAGUUCUCCACCAAGCUCAGCUUCCUGCUCAGUGACAUCCGGCAAGCUCUGGACUGAAGGUAGCAGGAGCCACCAGAAGCAGGAUGUCACAAUGGGGGGAUUGGUGGAGUAAGAUGCCAGGGAGGCAGAAGGAGGACAUCAGAAAGGCAGAAGCAAGUAGUUAAAGGGAAUGAAAAAGGAAGUCUGGGGGACUGAAACAGGAUUCCAGAGAGGAAAUGGCAACAUAUCAGGGACUGAAAUCACUGCAGGA